AUGUUGAGGCAGGGCAUCCGACGCUGCUCCAUUCUGGCAGAUAGUGGUGCCAUGUCUAGUCUAGCGCUUCAUCACAGUCGCCCCGCAUCGCUCUAUCGCCGCAGCCUUCCUCUGGCAUUGGGAAGUGUGGCCUUACUGCCUCGCGCGUACUGCAGCGAAGCCAGUGCUGAGACUGAAAGCCGCACACAAGAGAAUGUCCCCCAAUACAUUGUGCACCUUGCCUCCUGUGCAAACGUCUUCCCAUCCAUGUACGAACUCCUCGACCAGGAGCACGAACGAUUCCAAAAGGGAACAAGGACGAUGCUGGGUUCUAGCAGGUUGCCAGCAUUUGGCACCCACUCGAGGUUGACGCAUGCUUCGCGAACCAGGACCGCGGACCGUUUCCGAUCGACCAAGGAGGGUGUUCUCUUCUCUUCCGAUGUCACUGCCCGCGGCAUGGAUUUCCCUGAUAUCACCCACGUUAUACAAGUAGACCUUCCUCGGGAUCGCGAGUCUUAUAUCCACCGUCUCGGUCGCACCGCUAGACAAGACAGGGUGGGCGAAGGGUGGCUGCUUGUACCGCCGACCUCCAUACGUCCCACACAGCAACUGCUCGACGGUCUACCUUUGCAGCCAAACUGUUCGCUAGCUAGCGCGGCUAUCGACAUCCACGGGGCUACCACGCUGCCCCAUUAUCACCAGGAACUCGCAGAAAUCACGAGGUCGUGCCCGGACACGUUCGAUCGUGCGUAUAUAUCGCUCUUCAACCAGGCCUCUGUGGAUAAAGAAGGGCUCGCUAGGGACCUUAACGCCUGGGCCGUCGAGGGGUGCGGUGUCGCGCAACCACCGCGAGUAUAG